AAAAAGUUUUUUUAGUGUAUUUUACCGUUCCAAGAGUCGUUCUUAUUUUUUGCUAUUCGUUAACAACAUUCGAAGAAGGGAAAUAUAUUUAUUCAUUUUUCUUGUUUGUACCAUUGAAAAUGGAAUUACAAUAAAAUUCGACAGAAUUUUGUUUGAAUCAAUAUUUAAUAAAAGAAGAUUUUUGCAGAGAACACACUCCAUUUUUACUCGAUCGGGACACUUCAACAUGAAGAAAGCUCGUCUGCCUCUGUCAUUGAUUUUGACACUAGCAAUACUUGUUUACCGAUCAUAUGCUGACGAACGCCCUUUUGUUACUGCUUCGACUUCAGAUCUCGAAACUUAUCAUACUUUCUCACCAUCGCAUUCAUCAAAUUUCAAAACCUUGAGUUUGUCAAGCGAUACUAACACUUUAUAUAUUGGAGCCAGAGAUCAGGUUUUUGGACAGACUCUAGCUGACAUUACAAAAGAAAGUUUUACUCCUGUAACAUGGCCGGUAACAAAAGAUGCAUUUUGUGCCACUCUUCCACAAAGUGAAGGAGGAAAGAACUGUUACAAUCUUAUACAAAUCGUACAACCCAUCAAUAAAACUCAUGUACUAAUUUGUGGAACGAAUUCUCUCGCUCCUGAGAAUAGAUUGCUUGUGAGAGAGAAUGAAGAGGGACAAUUUUCAAUAACCAAGGACAAUAUGAUCGGGCAGACACUUUGUAGUUUCGAUCCCAACGACUCUAUCACAUCUCUCAUGACACGAAAAGGAGAAAUUUUUUCUACACCUAGAAAUGAUUUGAAUUCAAAAAUUUCUUUCGUUAAAGUAAUGUCGAAUCGCUUUUUAUCAGAAAAUAAGGACAUGAAUGGGAAAAAAGCAACUAUUGUCGCAUCAUUCACUGCCAACGAUACAACGAUCUCUCCAACGAUGUCGAAAGUUUAUUUUGUUUCUGAUGAAGAGGCUCCAGAAAUGAAAUCAACCAAUGGACUUGCUCCGACUAUAACUCAGGUAUGUGCAAAUGAUAUCGGAGGUCAAAACAUCUUGACAGACACAUGGACUUCACUUCUGAAAGUUCGUCUUCUUUGCCAAACUGGAGAAAAUUUUCCCCUUCACUUUGAUUUGGUGACCGAUGUCGUCACUGGCAGAGAUCGUAUUAUCUAUGGAACAUUUUCAACGAGACAUGAAACUUCGAGAACGAACGCAGUGUGUGCAUUCAGACUUUCCGACAUUCAGAAAUCUUUUAACGAAGGGAAUUUUCUCGAAGCUGGAUCUAAUUCCUAUGAGACUGUAGCUGCUCCCAGUGGUUCAUCACUGAGACCAGGAAUGUGUGCUUAUCCUGGUAUGCUUGCUGAUAACCCGUCAGCUUCGACAAGUAAAGAUUUUCCAGCGAAACAUCUUCACUUCAUGUCUUCUCACAGCUUGAUAGAUGGAAUUGUAAAACCAGCAUACCCACCAUUAGCCAGUGGUAACAGGGAACCAACUUCAAGAGAACCGUUGCUAAUCAAAAAUGGCGCUAAAUUUACAAAGAUUGCUGUGGAACAAGUGAAAUCAUUAGAUAACAAAGAUUUUGACGUAGUGUUUGUGGGAAGAGAAGACGGUACUAUACACAAAUUUGUGUCUUUUGAAAAGGACAACAAAAUCGAGACUAUUGAGCUAUCCCAGUAUAAUUCUCCAUCGAAUCAACCAAUCAUUAGCAUGAAACUCUCACAAGAUUUCGGUCAAUUGUACGUCGGAACAGAUCGUGGUGUUUUUCAGGUUUCUACGGCUAGCUGCAGUAUUUACACAAAAUCUUGUACGUUCUGUGAUCCAUGCAGAAUGUGUAUUUUAUCCAGAGAUCCAAGUUGCGCGUGGGAUAAGUCAACUCAGGAAUGCGUGUCAAUCAAAUCCAGAGACAAAAGCAAUCUUCUGCAAGAUAUUAUUCAUGGUGAUGGUGGUACCCAGUGUGGCACAUUGGAUAUUCCAAAACCUAUAUUGAGAAAAGUUGAUGAGAGAACAUUACUCGGACAUGUUGUUGAGAAUCCGAUUGUUUCAUACACUUGGUACAAGGUUGAAGAUGAGUCAAAGAAACAACAAAUUAAAGAUGUUCCAGGAAAAUAUAGAAUUACUAUGGAUGGUCAGCUGGAAAUAUCAAACUUCGACCAGAAACAUGAUGUGGCGAAAUACGAGUGCGAGUACUCAGUGAAAUCAUCGAUAGUAAAUGUCACAAUUUACGACGUUAAAUCUUCAACUUUCAUACCACCUAUUGUAACAGUGACUCCCAGAAGCAGUAGUCCACCUACAAUAGGUAGAGGUAGCACGACUGAAGGAGGUACCGGUGAAGUGACAAAACAACCCACAACGACUCCAGCACCUAUCAAUAUGGGAAUAAUGAAUAUUACAUUUGCUCUGGUUGCGGUCUUUGUAACUGUGAUCAUAUUUCUGAUCGUUUUUCUGGUGUGCCGACGAAAAAAAAUGAAUAAAAAAUACAGAACAAAGGAGGAUGCUGAAAGCAAAUUGACACCACCUGCUAUUGAUGGUGUUGCAACUACGGCUAUGAAUCAAGAUAACAAAACGAAUAACAAUAAUGCGAGACACCCAAGAAUACAGAGCGAAUUUGAUGAUCGGGCAAGCAGACCUUUGUUAUCAACUAAUCAACAACCACCACCUGAGGAUUCUGAUCCUGAUAACAAUUCAACUGACUUACCAACUGCCAGUCAACGGAAUGCAAAAAGUUUAGAUUUCCUCAAUGAAAGGGAGACCAUGGAUUACAUUGAUGAUGAUAAUGCUGAUGCAGUUUCUGAUGAAUUACCUGCACGAGAGCAGGCUGGUUCGAUUCGUGAAACUACAGGUCGGAAACGUGUUCCACCAGCUCGAACUAAAUCUAUGCCCGGAUCAGAACUUUAUGUUGUGUUUGGAGGAAAGAAAUUGAAAUGCAGUACUUUACAAAGAAACAAACAAGGAUCAUGGACGAUUCAACUGAAGCCCAAUCAAUCGGGCAUGGUUUCUACAGAUCAAGAUGAAAUCAUUGAUAUUUUAGAUGACAGUGAAAAUACAGCAACAAUAACAACAGAUGCCGAAGCAUUUCAUCCUGCCGAGGAGAACUUCUCACCAGCGAAAACAUUUGAAAAUACUCCAGCACCAAGCACAAGCAGCUUAAAAAAUGCCGAAAGCAGGCGUGCUUUUUUUGAGCCGGACAGCAGCAAGCCUAGCGCUGAUAGCUCGCCACAUGUGCGUUACAUGACCUCAACGCCUAAUAAUAGUCAAAUUGCCCAAAAAGCGAGGGCACCUUCUCCUUUUACUGUAGUAGAUAGCAAAAAAAAACCUUUAACAGAGCAACCAAGCCAAGCUAGUUUGCGAAGUUUCGGCCAAAACUCUUCAGAAGAUCGCGAUAGCGAUUCAACUGUGAAAGGGUCCAGUAUGACUCUUCAACAAGAUGACACAUUAUUAGCUUCAAAUGAUAAGCCACUGUCAUCAUUUGAAAACCCAAACACACAAGAACACAGUCAUCAUCACCAUCAUAAUAAACAAGGUGCCCUUUCCAAAGUUCCCACAAAAGUACCGACCUCUGAUGUUCCAGAAUAUUCCUUUAGUAAAAAAGGGAAAAAUAAGGCUCAAAAGUCGCAAAAAGCUCCAUCAGCACCUGUUACUGAUAACACUGAUUUCCAUGGUUCCAAUAAAAGCUUGGACAGAUCAUCAGGAAGUUCAGAUGGAGACGAUCCUCUACAUGGAAGAGUGAAAAGUGUCAAAAGAAAAAAUCGUGAAAACAAAACACCCUUAGAUUCACCAUCGAAAGAAUCUCGAACAUCACAGGGUUCAUCUUCAUCAAGCGAUUAUAAAUCGGCAAGAUCAUCUGUUAUAAGCGAACCGUGCCACGAUCACAGAUGACAAGAAAAAGGAGAGUAAAAAAAAACGCCAAGGAUGAUAAUCAUCCGGCCGGGCAUGAAAAAGGCAGCCCAGGAAGGGAGAAUGGUGUAAUGUGUAUGACAAGGCUGCCUCUCUAUUAGGAGCUUUAACAUUGUUGCCAAACUAGCAAACACUUUGAGGAUAGUUGUAACCUGAACAAUCCGGUGCUGAGUCCACCCAGAUUGAGAUUGUGAGAAGACUGUAAUAUGUCAAAAUCUAGUGAAGAAACUGAAAAACUAUACUGUUGUUUCCUAUUUUUGUCGGUAUAUUAGUGAUAUUUAUACAAUAUUUAUCAUCAAAAUAAUGUAGAGUAAAUUUGAUUUUAUAACUAGAAUUUGCAUUCCUCUUUGUUUCAGUGAUUCAUCCACUAAAUGGAUUGUAUCUCUGAAUGCUGCUUUUCCUAACUAGAUUUCAAUCAUUUUUUUAAAAUAAAUAACAGAUAUUUCG